UAUAUCUGCUGUUUGAAAACUAACCUUGAUCAAUUAUUGAACAUGGUAAUAUCAGUUUACUGUUUGCCUGUUUUAGCUGUUACCAUGGCAGAAGCUCAUCUAUUCUUAACGAUUGGGAGUCUAGUUUUUGUACUCUGGGUAUUUUUCAGCUCAUUUUGACAAGUCAGUGGGGAUAUUAUUGUUUGAUAAUUGCAUACCACUAUGGCUUAAGCUGAAAGAGCACGUCUGGCUUUUCUCAAUGGGAUGUGAAACAUGUUAGACAUUCUUGAAUUUCAAUGGAGGGGCCAAAACUGAAACAGGAGAAAGAAAAGUCUGGGAAAACGGUUAGGUUUAGAGUCGCAUCUGCCAACAGCGGCCGGGUCCUGGCGGAGGUUUUCAAGGAUGAAACGGCCUGGUGCGGCUCGGUGGCGGACUCAGUGGACUCUGACUGCACCAGCAGCCCAGAGGCAGAGCAGGGGAGCUCGCCUCCCACCAGCGAGGCCAACAGCCAUCUGAAUGGUCUGGUGGUGGAAACCGCUCAGGACGAGAACGACUGUGAACCUGAUGACCUGCUUUUGUACGCCAGUGCCAAGAGAGAGAUGCUGUUUAGCAACAAACGGGUCAAUAUCUGCAGCAAGAAUGGGACCAUACGAGGAGUGAGGAACAAAGUGAGCGCAGGCCAAGUGCUUUUCAACAACCUCUCCAACGUGUACUCUUGUUCCCUUCGUCAUCAGAAGAGGAGACCCUGGGAAAAGGAGUAAACCCUUUGGAAGUAGAAGUUUCACACAAUGUGGUCAACAGGAAGAAACAGCCCUGGGGCUGAAGCUUGUGUUGCAGUUUGGUCUACACCAGGACUCCUCACUUAAUUUCACUGGUGGAAUGUAACUAAGUACAUUUACUCAAGUACUGUACUUGAGUACAAUUCUGAGGUACUUG